AUCUACUUCAACUAGAUACCUCACCGCAUUCCCGAGAUUAAAGGUUCUGUUAGUCGCACGAACAACAAAGUUUCGUCCCUUUUUUACUUUUUGAGGAACGGAAACUACGAAACACUAAAAAAUGUGUAUGCAUUCACAAAUACAUUGUAAAACUAUAUUAAUUAUUAAUUGGCUUAAGACUCGUAGCUAGUCCAUUAAAAAAAAACUAGUUUGACAGAGAUGCAGGCUGACCAUCACUAGCAUCAUAACUUGUCAUUUUGGUUUGUUAUUCAACAAUGUGUUUUUGUUUCGUUGUCUUAAGUAUCAUAAUUGCAUACCGAUGGCAGUUAAGAGAUAAAACACUAUGAAUUCAUACACGUAAUUCUCGCCACCCAACCCACUGCUUUUGUUGUUUCACACUUUAUUUAAUAGUUGUGCAAUACUUAGACAAUUAUUGAGCAACAAGUAAACAAAGUUAAAAGCUCUUUUGCUAUUCAUUCAGAGUUCUAUCCUAGUUCGGCGCACUCAGUAUUAUUCUCCUGUGAUAUUAUUUAAAUUAAGUUAAGACAUUGAAACAAUUUCGAAAUGGAAAGUGAACAAGUAACAGGCCCGUCACAAUUUUUUGAAAGCGAUGAAUUUGACUCAGAUUAUUACGACUUUGAUCAUGACGAUUAUAAACUAGAAAGUCGUGCAAAAUUACCUAUAAAAGGCCACCAGUUAAAACAUGGUAGAGUUCUCAAUAACAGAGGAAGUAACCAAGAAAAGUUCCUAUCAGUGAGACCAAAGACGUUAGUAAAAUAUGGAAAGUGUUAUGUCCCUUCAGCAUACAAUUUUGACGAGGAAACUCAAUCUAUAAUUAAUGACAGUGUGGAUAAAUAUAAUUACUUUACAAGUGUUAAUGGUGCAAUUAUGUCAGGAGAGAGGGCUGUACUACUUCACUGUACUGGACAUCAACCCUCAGAUCCUAAGGAAAAACCUAGGGAAUAUCUGCUCAAAGUUUAUAAUAAACAGUUUGGAAAACAAAUGAUUGAGAAAUGGAUACUAAACGAAUAUGCAAGUGCAUGGCAUAUGUUCAAACACAUAAAUGUUCCCAAUGUGUUUCCUCCAUCAAAAAAUGUAGGUAGUAUGGAUUUUAUUGGUGAUGACGGUAAACCUGCUCCUAGUCUCCAAGAAGUAACAUUCAAAAUUACUGAGAAAAUAUACACAGAUGUUGUUACAAGCAUGUACAAAAUGUAUAAUGAUGCAAAGAGAGUCCAUGGGAACCUGUCUCCAAGAAACAUGUUGUGGUGGAGGGAUAAGCUGUAUUUUGUCAGUCUGUCUCGAUCUGUGGAAACGAGCCAUCCGAUAGCUCAGAAACUGCUUAUGAGGGAUUGCUGCUAUGUUACUCAUUUCUUCAAAAGCAAAGGGCUGCUUAAGGUGAAGUCAAUCUUAAACCUGUUCAAGUACAUCACCGGUGUGGAGCAGCCAGAUCCUGGAGUCCUAUUGGCCUUAAAGCAUAAUCGGAAACAAGUCAAGAAUAAGCAGAAAAAGAACAAACCACCUCAUGAAAUGUUGGCUACGUAAACUUCUAAUCGCUAGUGAUUUUUUAAAUAUAUUGAAUUUUUUUACAUGUUGAACAAUAAAGACUGAUAUUAUGGAUUCAAUUUAAUUUUAUGCACAAUUUUUAUUGUGUACUGUGGCACUCGACUUGCAUUUUAUUUUGAUAAUAAUGAUAAUUGUUAAUACUUAUACCUUAACCAAGUACCUGAACAUUUUUUUAAAUUUAUUUUGAACUUUGGUUGAGAAACAAAAGGUUCCAAAUUCAAAAACAAAACAAACGCUACCAGGAUUCAGAGAUGAGAUGACAGAUGUUUAGUUUAGCCAACAUAACGAAACAAUUUUGAAUUCAAACAGAAAUGUACCCGUCACCAAGGGCAUAAGGUCGUAUUUUGAAUUCUGCCCUUAACUUCCCUGAAAACUUUAUAUCAUCAACCCUUGCGCCGCGCUAGUAUUUCAAACUUUCAUAUUGUUGUGCAAUACAGUAUAACAAAGGUACUUAUAUCGAUCGUUCUUUAUACGCGCAUCCCUCCCUCGCACAACAUGGGCCGUACAAUUCGUCCUCAGCGCAAAGGCGCUGGCUCCGUCUUUGUUUCUCACACCAACAAGAGGAAAGGAGCUCCUAAACUCCGUUCUCUGGACUUCGCGGAACGACAUGAUUACAUCAAGGGAGUCGUAAAAGACAUCAUACAUGACCCGGGCCGUGGGGCGCCCCUAGCUAUGAUACAUUUCCGAGAUCCUUACAAGUUGAAGAUCUGUAAAGAAUUAUUGAUUGCCCCCGAAGGGUUGUGUACUGGCCAGUUAGUUUUCUACGGGAAGAAAGCUGCGCUUCAAAUUGGGAAUGUGAUGCCGAUAGGAGUGAUGCCUGAAGGAACGAUUGUCUGCAACUUGGAAGAGAAGUUCGGUGACCGAGGUAAGCUCGCACGUGGUUCUGGCAAUUUCGCUACAGUUCUUGCUCACAAUUUUAACGAAAAUAGAACCAGAGUUCAGUUGCCAUCUGGAGUUAAGAAAGUUUUGCCAUCUGGAAAUAGAGGAAUGGUUGGAAUCGUCGCUGGUGGUGGACGUAUCGAUAAGCCUUUACUCAAAGCUGGUCGGGUGUAUAAAAAGUUUAAAGUGAAACGUAACAGCUGGCCGCGCGUCCGCGGUGUUGCUAUGAAUCCUGUGGAGCAUCCCCACGGAGGUGGGAAUCAUCAGCACGUUGGCAAGGCCUCGACUGUCAGGAGAGUGGCAUCGGCUGGUCGCAAGGUUGGUCUCAUAGCCGCACGAAGGACUGGUAGGAUUCGUGGGGUGUUACACAGAAAAUAAAGGGUGAUU